AUGCAGCGCCCCAUGGAGCUGGGCGCCGCGCACUACUUCCCGGCCGAAGCCUUCCCGGACCAUCGCUCCCACCGCUACCGGAGCUUCAUGAUCGAAGAGAUUCUCACUGACCCUCCAGACGCAAAGAGUGCUGCGCCGGCUGCCGCUGGGGAGCUGCUGAAGUUCGGUGUGCAAGCAUUGCUGUCUGCGAGGCCCUUCCACAGCCACCUGGCGGUGCUGAAGGCAGAGCAGGCAGCGGUCUUCAAGUUCCCGUUAGCGCCCCUGGGCUGCUCUAGCCUGGGCUCCGCGCUGCUAGCCGCAGGCUCCGGGCUCCAAGGGGGUUCCGCCUCACCUCACCUCCCUCUGGAGUUGCACCUCCGUGGAAAGCUGGAGUCUGGCCCGGCCGAGCCGGGCACCAAGGCCAAGAAGGGCCGGCGAAGUCGGACGGUCUUCACCGAACUGCAACUUAUGGGCUUGGAGAAGCGCUUCGAAAAGCAAAAGUACCUCUCCACGCCAGACAGAAUAGACCUCGCUGAAUCAUUGGGCCUGAGCCAGCUGCAAGUGAAGACUUGGUACCAGAACAGAAGGAUGAAGUGGAAGAAAAUAGUGUUACAGGGCGGGGGGCUCGAAUCUCCCACUAAACCGAAAGGACGCCCCAAGAAGAACUCCAUUCCCACCAGCGAACAGCUGACGGAGCAGGAGCGGGCCAAAGAGGCCGAGAAGCAGGCGGAGAAUCUAAGCUCGCCUUGUGAAGUCAACCAGGAGGAGUGA